AGUCCCAACAAGGUUCCAAAUACAUACUCGUUGCGGUCGACUAUUUUACCAAGUUUGUUGAAAUUUUCCCCCUAGCCGACGACACCGCCCCUUCAGUUGCCAAAAGCUUUUACCAGGGUUGGGUCUGUAGACACGGGGUCCCUACAUCCCUACAUACUGACAGAGGAUCCAACUUUCAAUCAAUACUGGUAACGGAGCUUUGUAAGUACCUGAAAACCCAUAAAACACGGACCACAUCGUACCACCCCCAAUCUGAUGGGUUGGUCGAACGUUUCAACAGGACAAUGGGCGCUAUGCUCAGGGCCUACGUUCGGCAAUCUGACCAGCGGGAUUGGGACUUCCACCUUCCCGCGGUACAGUUCGCAUAUAACACAAGUUGUCAGGCCACAACAGGUUUUUCCCCUUACUUUUUGAUGCACGGGCGUGAAGCCCGCCUUCCCGUGCACCUCCUCACAGGGGUGCACUGUGACUCUACCUCCACUUCGGAGUUUGUUGCAGCGCUCAACGACAAAAUGCCCGCUAUUUUCAAAUUGGUGCAGCAACACACGGCCCAGAAACAAGCUCGACAGAAAGAACUAUUCGAUUCCAAGGUCUAUGGACAGCCACAUGCUGUGGGUGACCUGGUGCUAGUACGGAAUAACGCCGGGAAACCUGGCCUGGCCCGGAAGCUGGCCAACAAGUUCCAUGGCCCGUACGAAGUAUUGAGUAGGGUAGGGGACAAUGCCUACCGGGUGAAAAACACCCGUGGCCGACGGCAAAUUGAUGUGGUAAAUUUCGAACAUCUCAAGGCCCUUACUCCACAGAUGUUUGAUCCUGACUAUGACCCCAGGCAAGAGGGUCGCCGUCCGACGCGCAGGCGUCGUAAAGCUAACCACGUGACUUCUCCCCCUAGGCCACCAAUCUCGGAAACCUCACCCACCGACGGCGAUGACGAAGAGUCUGACGAUGAAGCCCCGAGCGAGGACCCUGUAACCCCCCAAGGACAUAGCUCCGCGGGGUCCCCUCCCUCUUAUGUUUCAGAUCCGUCCUUAUCUGACACCGAACCCAAGUGGCUCCGAGCACCUGUGGCGCAGCGUCGACCCUCAGCGCCGUCAUCCCCUACGCACAACCGGCCACCUGACACAGCACAGACGGCACCCAUCCAGUCACCUGGCCCCGACCCACCACGUCCCCAGACACCUGUUCCAGAUCCGACACCGGCACCAGCCCAGACACCUGUUCCACAUACGACACCGGCACCAGCCCUGACACCUGUUCCAGAUCCGACAUCGGCUCCAGAUCCGACACCUGUUCCAACCCCGACACCUGUUCCUGCUCCGACACCUGCUGCGCCACCUACUCCGACACCUGCUCCGACCGACACGACAGCGACAACAUCAUCACCUGUCCUUCCGUCGCCGUUACCGCAACGUACCAACCGGCGUCGUCGUAGACAACCGCGAGACAUGAACAAUUUUAUAUGCUUCCCGGACGCGUAUACCUCCAGUGACAGCAACAGUGAUACAAAUCAUGUCCACCCCAAUGUAUGCCAGGUCACUAAUAGUUUAGACGUGGGGCUGACUACACAGUGCCAACCUUCGGAUAGGUCGUGUCCCGGGGGGGAACAGUUCAGUGAAGGUCCCCCUGCCCGUCCCUUGGAACCCUCAACUUACGACCUCUCGCCAAAUAGAUGGAAUCCGGUGGCCCAUUUCAUGACAGCUGUAGUCCGGGCCUUCACCAGCCCACCGAAACCUUUCUAAGAAAUUCAUGUCAAAUUAGGAGUGGAAAAUUCUUCGUUCCGUCGAAGUCCUUCGUGUUCUCUCGUGGUUCGGGCACCCCCCCCCCCCUCCCCAGGUUCUAUGUCCCCCAGAGGAACGGGAUUUGACCCUCUGCCUGCCCCGUCCUCUCUCUCCUUGUCGUGACUCGCCUCACACAUAGACGGGCAUGGUUAAAUCCCCUAAAAAGUUCCGUAGUGACGUGACCGUAGCGGGGUGUCCUUCCUCCAACCACUUUCGAUCGGGUUUCCGUACUUAGGUACUUACGGUUUGGCAAGCUUUUUCCUCCUCCUCGGUUUCGGCUACUGAUUGUGUAAAUGCGGGCAGAUUUCAGCCUUCUAGCUGUCCUAAAGUGGUCUCCUAAAAAAGCAAACGAUUCCACGAAAGCAGAUGUAGUAGUUAUUAGCAGGGACGAAUUGUUAGGGAUUAAGGUAGUGGGACCGCCUCGUUCUUUUCUCCGUUGGGACCCGUUUUCCCUUCCGAACGCGUUGGCACUCACUAGUCCCCUCCUCGUCUGGCAACCAAGGACCCGCCAAAGUGCAGUGGGUCCCGAGCAAAAACGCUCUCAAACUGGUUAGACCGGGUUCGACAUGAUUUAUCCUGUCUGUGUGUAUUACUCGGGUACAGAGUCUUGUCUACGUUGAUGUGUGUACAAAAUGCUUUUGAUGAUAUGAUUACUAAUGUUCGGAACUUUGAUGAUGUUACUGUUCAGGAAAGUACUUUGGUAUUAUGGUGCUCCGUUAUUCUGAUGCUUCGAUGACCUUAUUGUUUGGGAAAUUGUUUUGGUAUUGUUUGGUAUUUGUUUGGUAUCGGUAUUUUGGAUUUUGUUGUCAUGCCUUCUGUUGCUUUCUAUAUGUAAUGUUGUUUCGAAUUCAUUCUGUAUGGUGCCAUGAUGUAUUUUAUGUGAUUCUGUAUUCAACGAGAUUCUCACCUAAGUGUCAAAGUCGAUACAAUUGAUUUUUUUUUACUUGAUUUGUACUUAAUGAGAUUGAAAGACCAGUCGUAUCUGAGUCGAUGCGAUAAAUUUUUUUUCUCUCUUCAUCUGUACUUAGUGAGCCGACAUUGAUGUAUGCUAAGGUGUGAGUUAUGGUGUACGUAUGGUUCCGGGUAUUCGAAAUUCAUUGUGACAUUCUUACGUGAUUUAUUAGUUAAAGUUAGUUCAAUCUUACUGAGAUAUGUUAAAUGAUGCGGGAGCAUCAUUAAGCGUUGCGGGGGGGAUGGUGUAGCAAGUCUGUUAUUACGUUGGGCGGCCCAGGGGUCACGUGGUGAGAGCACGUGACCAUGGGCGCGCCCUGACGUCAGCUAGGCCACGCCCCGCAGCGCUCGCGUAAGCUCCGCCUUCCAAAUGAUGUAAUAUAAGACGCGGUACGCGCUAGUUAGACUAGAAGCAGACUCAGGGACAAGGUCAACCGCAUCUUCCGCCGCCGUAGUUACGUAACCGGUUAGUUAAUAUCAUCCACCCGCAUCUGUCCAGGUAUCUUAUCUUGCAUUAUUUGUAUUAAGCCAGUCUUUAUCAUUACCUCCGUUCACUUGCCUAAACUGUAUACCAUCGGUCGUAGUAAUAAAGAUCACAUCAAACUGUA